AUGCAUGGUCGUAACAAUGGCGAGAAACUGAUUGUCAAACAUGCCAGAAGGUUUACUCAAGUUAUUGUUGAUGUUGUUAUUAACAUUGAACCUAGAGAAGAUGCAACUCGAAUUGGUUUCGACUGGUGUGGUGAGAUGUCAAGCUGUGGAUAUCUCUCCAUUGAGGAGAGUGAACCAGGCACAAAGGGCUUUUCCAACAAUUAUGCAAUCAAGAAGGAUGAGAUUGAACGAGUUGCCAAGGCAAAUCACUGA